GCAAGAGUUUCUCUCUCUUCCCCGCCAAAAAACCUCUCCAUCAACAGCAUCCACACAAGGAUUCAACGACUCCGAAAACGUAGGUUUUUCAAUGUCGCUCUUCUCCACCAACCCUUUCUCACUCCUAGACUCACCCUUUCACCGAUCAAAACCAAAAAAACAGAAAAAAAAAAUUAAAAAAAAUUAAAAUUAAAAAUUAAAAACUCAGAUCAACGGAGAUUUUGCUUAUGUGUUAUUUGCUCCGUUUUAAGAUUUCGGGAGUACCCAUUUCUGAGAGGUCUUUCUUGAUGGAAACUGUUUAUUCGUGCCGCGGAUUUGUGUUCGAAACUGCGAUCACGAAUUGGGGUCAUUGAAUGAAAAUCAGAAUUUGGUGUUGAAACUUUUGGUUCCUGAAAUAAGAUGGGCAACCCAGCCAAAGUAUAUGAAGGUUCUCAUAUUUGGGUUGAGGAUCCGGAGUUUGUUUGGAUUGAUGGGCGAGUGGUAAAGAUUAAUGGGGACGAAGUUGAAGUUGAAACAUCUGAUGGAAGGACGGUUUCUGCUAGCAUAUCCAAAACAUACCCGAAAGAUGAAGAGGAGCCUCCUGAGGGAUUCGACGACAUGACCAAACUGUCUUAUAUGCAUGAACCUGGAGUUCUGCAUAACUUGGAUAUAAGAUACCAGACUAAUAAGAUUUAUACUUACAGUGGGGGAAUUCUUAUUGCUAUUAACCCGUUUCAAAGACUUCCUGACUUAUACGACAUGAAGAUGAUGGAACAAUACAACAGAGCACAAUUUGGUGAACUGAGUCCACAUGUAUUUGCGAUUGGAGAAGCUGCCUUCAGGGAAAUGAUGAAUGAGGGGAGAAGUAACUCAAUACUGGUAAGCGGAGAAAGUGGUGCUGGUAAGACUGAAACUACUAAGAUGCUUAUGCAAUAUCUUGCCUAUUUGGGUGGGCAUAAAGGAGGUGACGGGAGAUCUGUAGAACAGCAAGUUCUUGAGUCAAAUCCAGUGCUUGAAGCAUUUGGAAAUGCCAAGACUGUCAGAAAUAACAAUUCUAGUCGAUUUGGUAAAUUUGUUGAACUUCAGUUCGACCAUCAUGCAAGAAUAUCAGGGGCAGCCAUCAGAACAUAUCUUCUCGAGAGAUCUCGCGUCUGCCAAAUUUCAGAUCCUGAGCGCAAUUACCACUGUUUUUACCUUUUGUGUGCAGCACCACAGGAGGAAAUUAAGAAGUAUAAGCUAGGACAUCCACAGACAUUUCACUACUUAAACCAAUCUACUUGCUUUGAGCUAGAUGAUGUGGAUGAUGCUCAUGAUUAUUUGGCAACAAGGAAGGCCAUGGAUGUUGUUGGAAUCGGUCAAGAAGAGCAGGAUUCAAUCUUUAGAAUUGUUGCAUCUAUUCUCCAUCUUGGUAAUGUUAGAUUCGCCAAGGGGGAAGAGACUGAUUCAUCGGUCCUCGAGGAUGAGAAAUCAAAGUUCCAUCUUCAGACUGCAGCAGAGCUUCUAAUGUGCGAUUCUAAAGCUCUGGAAGAUGCAUUAUUGAAGCGUGUGAUGGUGACUCCAGAAGAAGUUAUCAGAAGAUGUCUUGAUCCUGAUGCUGCAAUAGUUAGUAGGGAUGGAUUAGCUAAGACAAUAUAUUCUCGCUUGUUUAACUGGUUGGUAGAUAAAAUAAAUUUAUCCAUCGGGCAAGACUCGUCUUCGAAAUGUCUAAUUGGAAUCCUUGAUAUAUAUGGUUUUGAAAGUUUUAAAACUAAUAGUUUUGAACAGUUUUGCAUUAACUUUACCAAUGAAAAGUUACAGCAGCAUUUUAACCAGCAUGUUUUUAAGAUGGAGCAGGAGGAAUACGUCAAAGAAGAGAUUGCCUGGAGCUACAUAGACUUUGUGGAUAACCAAGAUGUUCUAGAUCUUAUUGAGAAGAAACCUGGAGGAAUCAUUGCUCUUCUUGAUGAGGCCUGUAUGUUUCCGAAGUCCACACAUGAAACCUUUGCCGAAAAGCUUUAUCAGACAUUUAAAACCAACAAACGUUUCAUCAAACCGAAAUUGUCACGUACUGAAUUUGCAAUUGCUCAUUAUGCUGGAGAGGUUCAAUACCAAUGUGAUCAGUUUUUGGACAAAAACAAAGACUAUGUUGUUCCUGAACAUCAGGACCUGUUAACUGCUUCGAAAUGCCCAUUUGUGGUAGAACUUUUUCCUCCAAUCCCUGAAGAGACAACCAAAUCUUCAAACAAGUCUUCUAAAUUUUCAUCAAUAGGUUCCCGCUUUAAGCUGCAACUCCAACAAUUGAUGGAGACGCUGAAUUCUACAGAACCUCACUACAUUAGAUGUGUGAAACCUAAUACCCUUUUCAAGCCUUGUAUUUUUGAAAAUGCCAAUGUCAUGCAGCAACUUCGUUGUGGUGGUGUUUUAGAAGCAAUUAGGAUUAGUUUAUCCGGUUAUCCUUCUCAUAAGACAUAUGAUGAAUUUUUUCAACGGUUUUCUAUUCUGGUGCCAGAGUUGGAAGCAGACGCUGAUGCAAAAGCUGCAUCCAAAAUGAUUUUGGAGAAGAUGGGCAUUGAUGGGUCUCAGAUAGGAAAAACUAAGCUCUUCCUCAGAGCUGGUCAGAUGGCUACUUUAGAUGCACACAGAGCAUUAAAACUAGGUGAUGCAGCAAAGGUGAUACAAAGAAAGACUAAAACUCAUAGAGCCCGACAAAACUAUUCUUCCACGGUCAAGGCAGCGGUUGUACUGCAAUCUAUAUGUAGAGGAAUGCUUGCUUACAACUUUUAUCAAGUUGUAAGAAAGGAUGCGGCAGCUCUUAAAAUCCAAACAGAUUGGAGAUGGCAUAAAUUCAAUCAGAACUACAACAGACUCAAGAGAGCAACUAUUCAAUUGCAAGCUAUCAUAAGAGCAAUGGCUGCGCGGAAGCUGUAUGAUUUCACAAAAGAAAACAAAACAGCAACUGUUAUACAGUCCCGGUGGCGCGGCCAUAGAGCUUUUUCAUACGCCAGGCGAGCCAUUAGGGCAACAGUUUUUAUCCAGAGUGGAUGGAGGAGAGUGGCAGCUACGAGAGAGCUCCGGCAACUGAAAGUGGCUUCAAGAGAAACAAGCGCACUUCAGGAAGCAAAGAGUAAGCUUGAAAAGCUAGUGGACGAACUGAGAUCACAGUUACAGAUGGAAAGACGUCUGCGGGUUAGCUUGGAGAAAAGGCUGGAGCAUUCAUUGGAUGUUGUGCAAGACCAAAGCGAAAAAACAAAUAAUCUACUUGAAGGUGAAGCUGCAAGAAAUAAUAUGCUUGAAGGUGAAGCUGCUCAUAUUGCAAGUGAUGCUGCUCGCAUUGCAAUUGAUGAAGCCUUCUCAAUCAUGAAGGAGAAAGGGGUUCCAGUUGGAGAAGAUUUAGAAAUGACUGAGGACUCAAGUUCUGAUGUGGAAAGAUUGAAGGGAUUGUUACAAUCUGAAAAGAAACGAGCUGAUGAUUUGGAGAUACGGUAUGCUGAAGCUUUGGAAUCAGUUGAUGGAAAGCGGCUGAAGUUAGAAGAAACCGAAAGAAGAGUUCACCAACUUCAGGAAUCACUGAAUAGGAUGAUGUACAGCAUCUCUGGUCAAUUCUCAGAGCUACAGAUGGUAUUGUGUGCAUCCACCUCAAGUUCAGCUUUGGGGAUUGUUUCUAAGGAUGAAAAAGGUGAUAGUUCUUCCACCUCUUCGGAAACGACAUCUUCCGAUUCUGAUUUCACAUUCCCUGCCCCUGCUUCAACUCCAGCAGAGUUUUCUUCUGCGAAUUCUAGUGCACUUCAGCUCAUUGUUCAGGAUCUUUCAGCAGCUGAGGUUUCAGGAACUGAAAAGUGGAAAAAUGAUCGGGAGGGGGCAUUCGAUGACUUUUUCUGAUGGAAGUUGUUCCGUCAAUGUGUUGUGUCUAUAUCUUCCCCAGUUAGAAGUUAGUUGGGCUAGAUUUUAACAAUUUGAUAUGUCACAGCAGAUACCGCAAUUAACAUGGAACACCACCCACUUGUUGUACUGACACAUCACACAUGUAUAUAAAGAAAAUGUUUAACAUCAACAUUUAUAAGUUUCUUCUACAUAACUAAUUGACACGAGACAUGAUAAUGCAGGUUAUAAUAAUAUACUGGCAUACAGUCUUCAAAUCUAAUUCAGCUUUGUAUCAGUCAUUUAGUUUAGCAUGAUUAUGACCUAACUGGAGAUUUAUAUAAAUUUCUUGAGUCAAUAAUGAUCGCUGCAAAACCCAGAAGCUCAACCCAAUCUAGUUUGGCUUUUUGCAAUGUGGUGAUAAUAGUCUUCAUAGCCAGAGUUUAGUAUAUCUGAAUGUUUAUUUUAACAGAGGAAAGGUUGUUAGUUGGUAGAUUCAAUUACUGGUAAGAUCUCAUCUUCCAUUUCUUGAAAAGACCACUGUCUGAAGUUAUUACAAUCCUUCUGCAUUGCCAUUCAUUUAUUCAUGUCAUAAAGUUGAGAGUAGUCAAUACCUUUAUAUACAUCGAAAAAGAUUAUAUUGUGUUCACUAGACACAAGUUUGUUGCUAUGCUUGUAUUAUGUCGGUUAAUAAAAUCUAGUUCUUCCAUUUCUUAAUGUCUCCUAAGCCAACUUUUUAUGUCAUCAGUGGUUUGCUUCUAUACUUUAGGUUUACUAAUAAUAGCUUUCCCUCACUUUCAAGACGAUCCACCUCCGUCGUGAGUGCCAGUGGAUGGAUUGCACGCACUAGAAGCAGCUUCUGAGUGUACUAAGUCAAAUUCCCAUCAUCCAUAUUUUAAACCUCUGUAAGACUUCAAAUUUCCAAUUUGGUAGUUUUGUCAUCUAUCUCUCGUCUCUGCUAAGGUUCCUUCCGUUUGAAUUUCCAGCUUGUUUUUCGUUCAUCUUUUUAAGACACCAUAAUCUUAGUGAACAAUUUUAGUGAGAACUGGAGCUCUACGCAAUAAAUAAGACUUAAAACAUUUUGAAAAUCUUGUAUGAUGAUCUGUCUUUACUACUAUCCAUUAGCUCCAUAUGAAAAUUUCUGUCCAUACCGUAAACUGCUUGAACAACCGGGGUUCCAGAUAAGCAUUUUAGCAGAGAAAAGGAAACUAAUCAAAUGAUAUAUGGUCCUUGUUGGGCUUUUGAUGACAUUAUGAAUCUGCAUCUUAGAACACUCUGCAGGUAUCGUCUUCUAAUAAAUGUAAAAGGUAGUCAUGCCCAAUCUCCGCUUCUGCUUGUACAAUUUCUACAAGGUAAACUUGCGCCCAUCUAUUUACUUAGUGCUGAGACAUGCUUUAAAAUCCAAAUCUCUUGUGAUCUAUUCUAUGCUUUAGUUGGCACUGGCUUAUUUGUUUUCCAUGUUUAUAUAUGUUGCUUUGUAUUGCGUUUUGCUCAAUCGGAUUUUUUUUGUUCUGGCUUUAUUGAUUCAUCUCUUUUAACUCAAGGAGUCAUGAUCGAAAUGCAUGAGCAGUAGUUGAAGAAACUUCCCUGUCUUCACCCUCCAACUUGUGACAGGCUAUUCUUUUGAUCUUUUUCUUUUAAUUUUCCAUUGAUAUAUUAGAGUCAAAUGAUACGAAGUUGAACACUUGGUAGUAGAUGUAGCAUCUGUGUGUUUGCUUUGAUGAGGUCUACAUACUAAUGUAACUGCUAUUGUAGAGUAGGUUUUAGUGUCACCAAAUAAUUCAACUUGUUUGUUGUUGGCUUCUUGACUCUGCAAAUCUUCAACUGGUUGGGAGAUGAACGUCCAAAGAUUUUGACAGAUAUUUUAAUAUGCAAGAAUGGACUCUUCUACCGACUUGGGGGAUUUCAUUUUGCUAAUUAUUAGUAAUUGUGAAGGAUGUGUAUAUAAAUAAUUAUAGAUUCUAUCCAGAACUAUGAUGUUUUUAUAUAAAACGUUAUGACUUCUGUGAUGCACACAUAUUUUUCA